GUUAUUUUUAGAACCGUCGCCUCCAGAGCAGACUGUCGGCGACAAUAAUUCGCUGACUGGCAGCACUCUUUGUUGUUUUGUACUGCCUACGCUACGAUUGAUUGGUAACCAACUGAGGAAGUGUUUCUAUACCUUUAUCUGAUUGGUGCAUUACUCUGUCAAUCAAGCACUGCUGUUUCCUUAUAAAGUAAGUGUAAUGUGGCUAACCAAAGACUGCUUUUUUGCUUGUUGCUUGAAAAGGUGAGAGAAAUCAUGGCAUCAGCAACCCCACCUAACUUUUCCUGGGUUGAACCAAAUAAACUAGCAGGAAUGGCCUUACCUCGGAUGCCUGGCCACUAUCAGUAUUUGCUGGACAAUGGGAUUCGGCAUUUGGUUACACUGUGUGAAAGAAUGCCUCCUUACCAUGACACGUGCCCAGGUGUGACAUUGCACCACAUCAGAAUACAUGACUUCUGCUCCCCCACCAUGGAUCAGAUAAAAAGAUUUCUUGCAAUUGUUGAAGAGGCCAAUGCAAAGGGAGAGGGGGUUGCCGUCCACUGUCAUCACGGUCACGGAAGAACGGGGACAAUGCUGGCUUGCUAUCUGGUGAAGAACAGGAAGAUUACAGGCGUUGAUGCAAUCCAUGAAAUAAGAAGACUUCGUCAUGGCUCUAUAGAAACACAGGACCAAGAAAAGACAGUUGUUCAGUUCCAUCACCAUAUAAAAUAAUUACAUUCAGCUACGUUUUUUUUUUUUUUUCUAACUUGCAUUUCAUUAAUAAGAAGGCCUUUGUCUUUUUAUUUCUUUAUUAAGAUGGUUAUGUUUAACAUCUCAUAUGUAACAUUGCUUGCUACAACAGGGAACAUUGUAACCGUUGGGGGUCUGUGUUUUGUCUGCUUGUAGCUUUCACAUAGUGAUAUAGUCAAAUAAAGAUAAGAAGCAUGC